AUGGGUUUAACAACUGAAACAUCAGCUGGAGACAUUGUGGGUCCGCUAGUUUCCCAACGAGUGCUACUGAGGAUCAUCAGCUGGGACAGGAAUGGCUCGGCCGAGGAAGAAAACCACUCCGGGAAGAAGAAGAAGAAGAAGAAGAAGAUAGGAGGUAUGGUAGAGAUGCUGGAGGUCUGCUGCCUGCUGCUGCUGUUACUGAGCGGAAACUCACAAUGCAGAGACUCUCAGCAGACAGAACACCUCUCCUCCUAUCAGAUGACUGUCCCUCGACUAAUAGGAGGCAGGCUGAGGCGGGACGUGGAUGGGAGACCCCCCAAUCAGGUAUCUUAUGUCAUCAGUGUGGAUGGAAAAGAUCAUGUUGUUCAUCUGGAGAGAAAUGAACUGCUGCUUCCUGCAGACUUCACUGUUUUCUCCUACAGUCAGAACGGAUCACUCAUCACAUCUAGACCACCUGUACAGGACCACUGUCACUAUCAGGGCUUCGUUCAGGACAUGAAGGGUUCUUCUGUUGCUAUGAGCAUCUGCCACGGCCUCAGAGGAGUGUUGCAUCUCGCUGAUGACAGUUAUGGCAUCGAGCCGUCAGACUUUGCCCCUGACCAGCACCUGGUGUACCGGCUGCAGGAUGUGACAUCACAGCCCCGGGGGUGUGGCACGCCCCACGACAAUGAGCGUGAUCAUGACAACAACGCCACAGAGCACACUCAGGACAAGCCAGAAGAAAUCCAUCAUAGACAGCACAGCAGGAUGAAGCGAGCUAUUCUUCAUCAGACUCACUACGUGGAGCUGCUGCUGGUAGUCGACAACGACAGGUAUAAUUAUAUGAACAAGAACGAGACAGCAGUGAGGGACGAGAUGGUUCAUCUAGCCAACUUUAUAGACAGCGUGACUAAAUGUUCGGUGGUGCUGGUUGGCCUGGAGAUCUGGACUCAGCAGAACCUGAUCAACACGCGAGGAGGGAAGGUGCUGAGUCGCUUUACUCAGUGGAGAGAGAAGAUCUGGUUCCCGUCCCGCCAUGACUCAGCACAACUCAUCCUGAAAAAGAGUUUUGGGGGAACAGCAGGAAUGGCGUUCGUCUCCACCGUCUGCUCUCGUAGCCACGGAGGCGGGAUCAACGCGUUCACCAAUAACAACAUUCCCUCGUUUGCCUCCAUCGUGGCUCAUGAACUUGGUCACAACCUUGGGAUGAACCACGACGACGGACGUUCCUGUACUUGCGCCACCUCUGCCUGUAUCAUGAACUCUGGAGCCACAGGAUCCAGAAACUUCAGCAGCUGUAGUGCGGAUGACUUUGAGAAGAUGAUCUUGUUGACGGGGGGAACCUGUCUCCUGAAUGUCCCUCGGCCUGACGAGGCCUACAGUGCCCCCUACUGUGGAAACAAACUGGUGGACAUGGGAGAGGAGUGCGACUGUGGCUCACAGAAGGAGUGUGAAGAGGACCCCUGCUGUGAGUUUCAAACCUGUAAACUCAAGUCGGGAGCUCAGUGUGCAUAUGGAGAAUGCUGCUACAACUGUCAGUACCUACCAGGUGGAACGGUGUGUCGGUCCAGUACAGAUGAGUGUGAUCUACCUGAGUACUGUAACGGCUCCUCGUCCCUUUGCCAGAGCGACGUCUUUGUCCAGAAUGGGCAUCCUUGCAGGAACCAGCAGGCAUACUGUUAUAAUGGGAAGUGCCAAUUCUACGACGGACAGUGUCAGGCCAUAUUUGGAUCAAAGGCAAAGGUGGCUCCUGAAAUCUGUUUUAAAGACGUCAACAGUAAAGGAGAUCGCUUCGGCAACUGUGGCUACCACAAUUAUGGCUACAAAAAGUGUGAGAGCAGAAACGCUCUGUGUGGGAAGCUGCAGUGCUCUAACGUUCAGACUGUGACAGUGUUUGGCAUUGAACCGUCAAUCAUCAGCACGCCGAUCGGAGGAGCCAAAUGUUAUGGCGUCGACUUCAUGUUGGGUUCAGACGUCCCAGAUCCAGGCAUGGUGAACGAAGGGAGCAAGUGUGGAGACAACAAGGUUUGCAUAAACUUUGAGUGUCGCAGCACUGACAUCCUGAACUACGACUGUGACGUGGAGAAGAAAUGUCACGGACACGGAGUGUGUAACAGUAACAAGAACUGUCACUGUGAGGACGGCUGGGGUGGACCUUUCUGUGAGGUCAAAGGUUACGGCGGCAGCGUGGACAGCGGACCUACCUGGAACGAUAAAGACACGUCUGUCCGAGAUGGUCUGCUGGUCUUCUUCUUCUUCGUCCUUCCUCUUCUCGCUUUGGGUGUGUUUGUUUUUAUGCGCAGGAACGAGCUGCUGCGACAGUUCGGGCUGGGCCGCAGGAAGAGGUCGCAGGGAUACCAGGCUGAUGGCGCAGCUUCAGCCAAUCCCAGCAGAGGACCGCCUCCCAGAGCGCAGCCUCCAUCUGUUGCCCGGGGCAACGCCAACAACAUUGUUAGAGACGGGCACCAUACUCAGCUACUGCCACCGCAGGAGGUGGUGGAGACCAACAGGACAGCUUCCUCCUACGCUCUGAGGCCUCCUCCUCCCCCUCUAAAACCGAAACCUUCUGCUGCAUCUCAGCCUUUGGUGCCUCAAAGACCUGCCCCCGCUCCACCGGUUUAACCAAUCAGGGGGCCCUGCCCACCCCACCUGGAUGGCAACGCCUCUUUUUUCUCCUCCUCUUCAACCCCAGUCACCCAACACUCAAAGCUGGUUACCUAGCAACAGCCAGGUAGGGAUUCUGGAGACAAGAUGGCAGACAGUCGGUCCUGGACUACGAACUGGACCAGGAACUGGGUCGCUCCACCAGAAAACUGAACCCAGUCAGACAUCUGGACUAAACUUAAGCAGCUACUGUUCUUUACAGACUUUCUUUCUUUCUUUCAUUGUCUGCUCUGUCACCAAACCAGCCAAUCAAUUUCAGAACAGUUACCUGUGCUUACCUUGCUAGCUUCUAACUGACAAGUAUACAGUAGCUACAGUAUAUUUCACAUUUCACCAUGUUAACAUUAUUAAGUGUUUACUAUAUAGUAAGCUAGCCAACUUGCUAACGAAUGUUUGCUUGCUAAGAGCAAACUUAAAGAGCCCCUAUUAUACUCCUUUUCAGUGUAAUAUGUGUACUCCUGGGGUCGACUUGAAUAGGUUUACAUGCUUUGAUGUUAAAAAAAACAUUAUGUUUCUCAUACUGCCCAUUGCUGUAGUGCCUCUCACUAAAACACUCUGUCCUGAAAAGCCCAGUCUGCUUUGAUUGGUCACCGGCUGUUGUUAUGGGUCAACCAAAUUCAAACAAGCCACUGUGCUUGCUCAUGCAGCACCAACGGACAGCACAUAUGAAACACCCGGCUGGCUUUCCCAAUAAGUGACAUCAGUGAUGGAAGAAUUUUAAACAGGAAUGUGGGCAAACCGUUUUUAGGCAGUUGAGAAAAAGUGCUGUCUGUGGGAGAGAGAGCUCCAUUUGGAGUGAAAUAGGAUUUUUUUUGUACUUUAUACAUCUAUUACAUACACAAAAAACUAUAUAACAUUA